UAAAUUCACUAGGGUUGUCCUGGUUUUCCUGACUUCCGGGCUUCUUUCGGGUUUCUCCCAGUCUUUCCCUGCUAUUAAGCUACCAUUCAUGUUAGCCUCUCUAUUUCACCUCUACAAUUGUUCAGUGUUGUAAAUUAUAUGGAAAUGGAAGGGUUGGACCUGCACUUCUUCAUUCCUCUCUUGAUAAUAUCAUUAUCAUGCCUCGCCCCUUCAUCUCGAGCUUGUGAAGAACCCCUCGAAUGUGGGAAUCGUUUCUUCGAAUAUCCCUUCGGAAGAAAGAACAGCGGCUGCGGUGACCCUGCGCUUCAGCUUGACUGUGAUCUUAAUGUGAAAAUGCCUUUAAUUGACAUCAAUGGCUACCAAUACUAUAUAGUGGAACCCCAAGCCUACAUGAAAGGGGAUCCCGACCAUCACAUGAGAAUAGUUGAGAAAAGUAUGUGGGGAGAUACAUGCAAUCCGGUGACUGGUAACCAUUCAACGGAAUUCUGGUCUAAGCCUCCAUUUCAUAUAUCUGAAGAAUUCAUGGACUUAAGUCUAUGGGGAGAGUGCGGUGAAGGUGAAGAGAACCGAGAGUUAUUGUCCAAUAUAUCUCAUACUUUAGAAUGUAAUAAGAAUUGGUACUAUUCUUUCACUUCAGACCUGAGUUUGAGCACGUAUUGUAAGUCCUUAGUACGGCUACCCAUUAGAAAAUCUGACAGAAGUAAUUCACGGGUGGAUCGAAUGAUACAGAAAGGGUUCACAAUAGCGUGGAACUUCAGCAAAGCCUGUGAGGACUGCGAAUUGAGGAACAUGGCUUGUAUCUACGACACCAGUAAUCCCAACCUAUCGCAUUGUGAAUCGUGGAGCCCUGUAUCUUCCCAAGCCAUGAUCGUUGCCAAGAUUGUUACGAUAGGUAUAGGCAUUGGAGUAUGGGCAUUUUUGUUGAUAGCAUUAUGCCAUGCGCUCGUUGAUUGGAAGACGUGGUUUUCCUCUUCCUCCGAGGACUCCAACGUUUCUAGUGUGGAGAAAUUCCUGCAAAUUUAUGUUGAUCAAACGCCAACUAGAUAUUCAUAUUCUCAACUCAUGAAGAUCACCAACAACUUUGCAGAUAAAAUUGGGGAAGGAGGUUUUGGUGUGGUUUAUAAAGGAAAGCUACCUAGCGGUAUCCUGGUAGCUGUUAAAAUGGUUGAUCAGUCAAGGCACGGUGAGAAUCAAUUCAUGAAUGAAGUAGCAACCAUCGGAAGGCUCCAUCAUGUUCAUUUGGUUCGCCUGAUGGGAUACUGCUACGAACAACACAGAAAUGGAUUGGUGUAUGAAUACAUGGCUAAUGGAUCUCUGGAGAAGCUUAUAUUUGCAAGAAGAGAGAGAGAACAUAUUAUAAAUUGGGCACAGCUGUAUUCAAUUGCUUUUGGUGUAGCUCGUGGAAUAGCCUAUUUGCACCAAGAUUGUGACAGCCGUAUCAUUCAUUUUGACAUAAAACCCCACAACAUAUUACUGGAUGAAGACUUCACACCAAAGAUAGCUGAUUUUGGUCUGGCUAAACUUUGUGGGAAGAAAGAUGAUCAUAUAUCAAUGACAGCCGCAAGAGGAACGCCAGGGUAUGUUGCCCCGGAGGUGUGGAAUAGAAAUUUGGGGCUUGUAACAGAGAAAUCAGAUGUUUACAGCUUUGGAAUGCUAUUACUGGAAAUGGUUGGAGGAAGGAAGAAUAUUGAUGUGCAGGUAAGCCGAUCUAGCCAAUUGUAUUUUCCAGAGUGGGCAUUCAAGUUGAUGGAGAAUGGGCAGUUGGAGAGGACGUUGACAGGAAGUAGUAAAACGGGAAUAGAAUGUGAGAAGGAGAAAGCAGUAAGAAUGGCAAAAGUAGGACUAUGGUGCAUUCAAUACAAUUCAACAGAUAGACCAAGCAUGAGCAGAGUGGUUCAAAUGUUGGAAGGAAAUGGUGACGAUGUGAGUAAUCCUCCCCUGCCUUUCAACUCUUCAAUUAGCGCUGCACCUUCUAUACAUUCAAGUGAAGAAUCUUCUGGCUAAGCCAACAAGGAAAUCUUCAUUAAACCCAUCGUUCGGUCAUUGAUAUAGAGUCAGUUGUCUCUAAAAAGAUCAGUGAUAUGAAGUUUAUUGACCUUGUAUGCUCUACGUCACUUUCUUCCAACUUGAUUGUUUGAAUAUUCCCAAAAUUUUAGGGGGUCACACUAAAUUAGAGACUUUGGUAUUGGCCUUUUACUUUUCAAAAGAUUA